AUGGAGAUGAAAAUUGAACCCCCCAAAACCCACCCUUCCCCAGGUUUUCCUCAAGGAAACAAAGAAAGAUCCUCUCCCCAGAAGACAGAGAGGCCCUGCACCACACAGGGUCAGAAUUCUCAGUCCUGGAAAAAAGGGAUUUUGCAUCAAAAGUUCACAGAGUUGCUACUUCUACACAGACCUCACCCUCAAGGCCAUGGGCUGGAGGAGCAAGGGCAUUUGAUUGAGGUCCAAGACUUAUUUGGCCCAGCCCUGGGCAUCCAGGACGAGGCCCCCACAGUCAUACUGCUGGGAGCUGCUGGGAUUGGGAAGUCAACACUGGCCAGACAGGUGAGAGGAGCCUGGGAGGAUGGCCAGCUGUACCGGGACCGCUUCCAGCAUGUGUUCUACCUCGACUGCAGAGAGCUGGCCCAGUUCAAGGUGGCAAGUCUCGUUGAGCUCCUGGAAAAAGACUGGCCCACCCCUUUGGUUCCCACUGGGCAGAUCCUGUCUCAGCCCGAACAGCUGCUCUUCAUCCUUGAUGGUUUAGAUGAGCCCGGAUGGGUGUUUAAGGAGCAGUGCUCUGAGCUGUGCCUGCACUGGAGCCAGCAGCAGCCAGUGCAUGCCCUGCUGGGUGGUUUGCUGGGGAAAACCACCCUCCCCGGGGCAUCCUUGCUGAUCACAGUUCGGAACACAGCUCUAGAGAAACUCAUUCCUUCUUUGAAGCAGCCACGUUGGGUGGAGGUGCUGGGGUUCUCUGACGCUGGCAGGAAGGAAUACCUCUACAAAUAUUUCACAGAUGAAAGUCAAGCAAUCAGAGCCUUUAGCCUGGUGGAAUCAAACCAAGCCCUCUUGACUCUGUGCCUUGUGCCCUGGGUGUCUUGGAUGGUCUGCACCUGCCUAAAGCAGCAGAUGGAGAAGGGAGAAGAGCUCCCACUGGCCUCCCAGACCACCACUGCCCUCUGCCUGCACUUCCUCUCCCAGACUCUCCCAUCUCAGCCCUUCAGUAUCCACCUGAGGAACUUGUGCUCUCUGGCUGCUAAGGGAACCCAGAAAGGAAAGACACUGUUCAGUCCAGCUGAAUUCAGGAUGCAGGGGUUAGAUAGGGGCCUCAUUUUAACCUUCAUAAAGAUGGGUGUUCUUCAAAAACUCCCCACCUCUCUGAGCUACAGCUUCAUUCACCUUUGUUUCCAGGAGUUCUUGGCAGCAAUAUUCUGUGUACUGGGAGAUGUGGAGUUGGGAGAUGAGGAGGAAACAGGAGAUCACCCCAGUAGCAUCCAAAGGGUGAAGAAAUUGCUGCGAAGGUAUGGAAGGCAUGACUUGUUUGGGGCACCAACCACACGUUUCCUAUUCAGCCUUUUAGGUAAACAUGGGGCAAGAGAGUUGGAGAACAUCUUCAACCACAAGCCCUCUGGUGGGGUGGAGGGUGAGUUGCUGCAGUGGACGGAAGCAGAAGUCCAGCACAGGGAGUCCUCACUGCAGCUGUGCUCUCUGGAGUUGUUCCACUGUUUGUAUGAGAUUCAGGAUGAGGAAUUUCUGACACAAGCAAUGGCCCAUUUACAAGGAACGAGGGUGCAGGUUCAAAUGGACCCGGAUCUCCUGGUGCUCACUUUCUGCCUUAAAUUUUGCCGCAAUGUAAAGAGGCUUCAAGUGAAUGAUGUCGGGCAGCACGGACCAGCAUCACGGGACCCCCGGGUGGUUCUGCUGGGGGGCUCUGGCUUCACACCCAGCUGCUGCCAGGAUCUGGCCUCUGCACUCAGUGCCAGCCCCAGCCUGGUGGAGCUGGACCUGCAGCAGAACAGCCUGGGAGGCCCAGGCCUGGGGCGGCUCUGCCAGGGGCCGAGGCACCCCACCUGCAACCUCAACCACCUGUGGAGUGAGGACAGAGCCCCCCGGCUGCUGGCAGCCAUACAGGGAUGGCCUCUGCCCAAGACAGCCAUCUUCUCCGAGAAUCCCCUCCCUGGAGUAGCAAUGCUUCUGGACCCAUGGGAAGGGGAGGUGGGCAGAGGCUGGGGCCGGGGGCAGUUGGAGGUGGGCCCCAGGCACAGGAAAGAGGCUGCAGAUUUGCUCCCUGCCAUGGUUCAGGCAGGCCCCAGCCUUGGAAGGACCCCUCUGUCCAACUGCAGGGGGGCUGGGGGAGACCAGGCAGGAGAACCCAGAGUGACCACUGCCUCACCUGUUCCAGAGGGACAGUCCCCACAAGUAGCACAGGUGGAGCCCCACUGGGUGCCUGGUUCCACCCUUCCUGAGGACGUGUGCACGGAGUCACCGGCAAUUGAAUAUGACUUCUGGGGCCCCACAGGGCCCAUGGCCACCCAAGUGGUUGACAAGGGGAAGAGCCUGUACCGAGUGCACUUCCCUGUGGCCAGCUCCUACCACUGGCCCAACAUGGGUCUCUGCUUUGUGGUGCGAUGGGCAGUGACCCUUGAGAUUGAGUUCUGUGUGUGGAAGCAGUUGCUGAAUGGGACAGACCCACAGCACAGCUGGAUGGUUGCAGGAGCUUUGUUUGACAUCAAGGCUGAGCCAGGAGCUGUGGCAGCUGUGCACCUCCCUCACUUCGUGGCGCUGGAAGGAGGCCAUGUGGACAACUCUCUGUUCCAAGUGGCCCACUUUAAAGAAGAGGGGAUGCUCCUGGAGAAGCCAGCUAGGGUGGAGCCCUCUUACAUCAUCCUGGAAAGCCUCAGCUUCUCCCCCAUGGGAGUUCUCCUGAGAGUGAUCCACGCUGCCCUGCGCAUACCCAUCACCUCCACCGUGUUGCUCUACCAUCACCCCCAUCCUGAGGAAGUCUCCUUCCACCUCUACCUGAUCCCCAGUGACUGCACCAUUCAGAAGGCCAUAGAUGAUGAAGAAAAGAAGUUCCAGUUUGUGCGAAUACUCAAGCCGCCCCCACUGACCCCACUCUUCAUGGGCUCCCGAUACACUGUGUGUGGUCCAGGGAAGCUGGAAAUAAUCCCCAGUCCCAUGGAGGCCCUGGCACCUCCACUGGAAGCCCCAGCCCUGCACUUCAUGGACUGGUAUUGGGAGCAGCUGGUGGCCCAGGUGACACCGGUGGACCCUGUCCUGGACAAGCUGUAUGGGCAGGUGCUGAGCCAGAAGCAGUAUGAGAGGGUGCAGGCUGAGGCCACCAAGCCAAGCCAGAUGCAGAAGCUCUUCAGCUUCAGCCCAUCCUGGGACUGUGCCUGCAAAGAUCGACUUUACUGA